CUGGAUGUUUGUAUCAGCAUUGAACAAUGGGAUUCUAUUUUUCCUGUGCUUUUGCGCCGUUGGCUAAUCCAGAAGUAACACUGGCCAAGGUGCGCUUCUUCCUCGCCGUCCUCGUUCGGUUCGUAGCAACAGUCUCGAAUACUCUACAUCUACAUCGUCGUACUACUACUACUAUCUUGCGUAGUACUAGUAUUAUACUAGUAUACUCAUGACGUUUUCUCGCCAAUCCACGGGCAACGACAGCAGCUGCCUGGACACGACCGUGGCCUUGCCUUUCGUUGCCAGCAAAGUCGACCAAGUGGUGCAAGUGCGACCGAUGAAAGCGCCGCGAUCGUUGCCUCGGUCCACGUUGCCGCCGCCCGCCGCCACCACAUUAAUCCAUGCGUUCCAACGCACCGUCCAACGCUAUGGCUACCAGAAAGCAGUGCAUGUCAAGUGGCAGGACAAAUGGCAUUCCCUGACAUGGCGGCAAUACUACACCCGUGUCCAAGAGUUCAUGAAGAGUUUGAUCCAUGUCGGCAUCCAGCCCCACGAUGUGGUUGCCAUCUCUGGCCUCAACGCAAUCGAGUGGAACGUCGCGUACCUUGGCACGAUCAUGGCUGGCGGCGCCGCGACGGGCAUGUACGUCAACUCGUCCAAGGAUUUGAGUUUCUUUAUCGCACAUCACUCGGAGGCGCGAGUGAUUGUGUGCGACAGCGUCGAUAGCGUCGAGAAGUUUGUGUCCAUUCAGCCGUCGUUGCCCCAUCUCAAAGCGAUCGUGUUGUGGGGCCACGACCUCCCAUCUACGUAUGCAUCAUCCUUGCCAGUGUACUGUUGGCAACCCUUUUUGGAGCAAGGACUGGCCAUCACCAAAGGCACCGUGCGACGACGUAUGCAGGCGAUUACCGCGGGCCAGUGCGCGUCGAUCGUGUACACGAGCGGGACGGGGGGCACCCCCAAGGGCGUGAUGAUUUCGCACGACAACUUUUGCUUCAACGCGUGGGCGAUGGAAGCGGCCGCCACGUCAUCGCAGCUGUCCCACCGCGACGUCCUCGUGUCGUACUUGCCAUUGGCCCACGUAACCGCGCAGUUGGUGGACAUCGUGCUGCCGCUGUGGGUCGGCUACGAAGUGUACUUUGCCCCAGUGGUGCGGAAUGGUCCCCGCCUGGGCAAAACCCUCAAAGAAAUCCGCCCCACGCGAUUCUGCGGCAUCCCGAGCGUAUGGGACACCAUGGCGGUCAAGUUCCGCGAGGUGCAAGGCGCGACAUCCGGGCUCAAGAAGCACCUUGUCUCAUUUGCCACGUCCCGAGCAUGGAAGAAGACUGUGCAAAGUCAGUACGGGAGCACUGGGGCGUCUCCGUGUGGGGCCGGCAUCGCAGAAAAGCUCGUGCUGUCCAAGGUCAAGGCGGCGUUGGGCCUGGAUCGAUGCAAAUCGUUUUCCGUGACAUGGGCGCCCCUCCGCCGUGAAACCACCGAGUAUUACGGCGGACUCGACAUGCCGAUCCUUGCGUUCUUUGGGGCGUCAGAAACCACUGGCGUCGCUACCAUCAACAUGCAGUACGGAUGGAAGCUCCACUCUGUGGGACGCCCACUCCCCGGCACAGAAAUUCGACUUCAAAAGCAGUCGACUGAAAUCCUAGUCCGCGGGCGGCAUGUCAUGAUGGGGUACCUCAAGAACGAAGCUGAGACACGGUUGGUUCUAGACACGGAAGGGUGGCUGCGCUCGGGGGACGGAGGCGCCGUGGACGACGACGGGUUUUACUCGAUUUCUGGACCCUUGCACGAGCUCGUAACGACGGCUGGGGGCGCCGUGAUCGCCCCUGUAUCGCUGGAAACUGUGCUCAAGCGCACGAUUCCAAUUCUGUCGCAUGCGAUGGUCAUCGGGCAGCAGCGGGAGUUCCUUCUCGCCUUGUUUACGCUGCGCGUCGAGUCGGAUGAAGCGGAUCGACCGACGGACAAGCUGGAGAUGUCCGUCCGGACGUUCCUGUCGUCGAUUCGGUCGAAUGCGACGACGUUGGCCCAAGCCCAAACGUGCCCGAAACUCGCCACGUACCUCGACUCGCAGCUCCGCCAAGUCAACAAAGCCACGAGCAAACUCUCAUUUGGCAACUUUAUCCAGAAGUUCGUGCUCCUUCCAAGGGAGUUUAGCGUCGAGGGAGGGGAGCUCACGCCGACGCUCAAAGUCCGCCGCCAGGCCGUCUGCGACAUUCAUCAUGGACUGAUUGAAUCCACAUAUGCCUGAGAUCGAAACGAGUCUAUAUGUAUGUAUGUACUUUAAAGUAUGUAAAUAGUCUAAGUGCCACAACCAUUGAAAGAAGAAGAAGAAGGC